AUGGCUGUAUCUCUCAAAUUGCGGCAGUCUUUCAACAGAUCGUUGACUUCAACGAUUCUGCUUAUUGCUGUCUCUCAAUUCAAUUUUGGCUUUGACCAACAAGGCUUCAACUCAACCCAGGCGAUGGACGCUUUCGAGCGGCAAUUCGGCUGGUAUAAUGCCAAGACGAAAGCGUACUACCUCGAAAGCUGGUGGCUUUCUCUUUUCGCCGGUCUGCCCUAUAUUGGAUUUGGUAUUGGCAUUCUGAUUGGGAGCGCAGUCAGCAAACGAUACGGUCGGCGAAUGUGCAUGUUCUCGAUGAGCAUCUGGUCCUGUGUGGCGACGACAAUAAUCAUGACGUCCAGAAACCGGGAUCAGAUUCUCGCUGCCAGAAUAUUGGCCUACAUCUACAUCGGCAUGGAGCUCGCUGUCGUGCCCAUCUACCAGUCUGAAAUAACCCCACAGCGAGCUCGUGGUUUCGUAGUCGGCACAUACCAGCUGAGCCUAGCAACGGGGGGUCUGGUCGUUAACGCCGUGGCCCGAGGUACCGGGAGCUUGAAUUCGGCUGCGGCCUAUCUGAUACCGUAUGGACUCUUCUACAUCGUACCCGUGAUAGUCAUUGCCGGAAUCUGGUUUGUCCCAGAGUCUCCCCGUUGGCUUGCGAUGCAAGGUCGCAAUGACGAAGCACUGAUAGCCCUCACUCGUCUCCGCCAAGGCAGCUUCACUGAUGGGCAAAUCGCGACAGAAAUGUCUCAAAUUCACGCUGGUAUUGAUUACGAGGUCGAAAAGGGUACUUUCAUGGACAUGUUCAAGGGUAAACAAGUGACGAAACGAACCAUGUCAGUCAUUGGUGUCAACUUCUUUCUACAGGCUACGGGGUCAAUCUUUGCUUCUGUCUAUGGCGCCAUUUUCGUCAAACAGCUAGGGUUCAUCAACCCUUUUACUGUCACCAUGAUCACCUCGAGCAUCAACAUUGUCAUGUGUCUCUGCUCCAUGGUCCUAUUGGAUAAGUUGGGACGGAGAAACGUCAUUUUCUUCGGCGGGUCGAUUCAGACGGCCGGUCUCUUCGCCAUGGGCGCUCUCGGACUCACGUUCAAUCCGAGCGUCGCCGUCAAGUCAUCUAUUGUCGCGAUGAUGAUUGUGAUGACUACGGGAUUCACUCUCGGAUGGGCACCAACAUCGCAUGUCCUCUCUGCCGAGAUUCCGAGCAUGCGUCUCCGUGACAUUACGUAUCGGACGGCCAGCGUCGUCAAUAUUGCAAUGCAAUUCACCGUUGCUUUUACGCUACCAUAUUUGCUCAACGCCCCGUACGCGAACCUGGGGUCCAAGGUUGGUCUGAUCUUCGGCACAAUAAGCUUUCUCUCACUUGUGUUUGUCUACCUCUGCGUGCCAGAGUGCAAGGGCCGCACACUCGAAGAGGUGGAUAUGCUCUUUGAUCUGAAGAUCCCAAUGCGGAAAUUCCAGGACACAAUUCUUCCAGCCCACGUUCCCCAGCAAGGCCUCCAUAAGGUUGGCGAAGAGCUGGCUUCCAAGGUGACAAUGCCGUCAGGAUCCAAGCUACAAGGAAAAGAUUAG